AUGACAAAGACCUAUUUUUUUCUGAAAAAAAAGAAGCUUCAAUACGAAUAUGACCAACUCAUUAACUUGGUUUCAGGACAUGAAGACGAGACCAACAACUUGAAUGGUUCGAUCAAAAAGUUACAAAGAGACUUAGAAGCAAACAACACUGAGUUGACUGAAUUAAGAGACAGAAAAGACAAGAAUAAAAUAGCCGAUUUGGAACAACAAGUGCAAGACCUUGAAGAUAGACCAGUUGGGACUUCAAAUAUUGAUCAAACAGAGGUCAUCAAGAGAGACAACCAAAUUGCUUAUUUGGAGAAUGAGGUUGCUGCGUUGAAAGAUCAGAACACUCAACUUGAUGCUGCUAAAAAGAAUAUGAAAAGUGGUCUGUCGAAGACUCAAACACUCAAUGCACAAGUCUCGUCAUUAAAAGUCCAAGUCAGUGCACCAGCUUCAGUUGCUCAAGAAGAAGAGAAGAACAUGUUGAAUGCAAGAAUUGCUGAAAUUCAAGCCCAACUUGAUGAAGAAAGACAGAAGGCUGACAGUGCAGAUGUUGCUCGAAAGGUGUUGAGAGAAAUAAUAACAAAAAGUCCAGUUCAACUUAAAUAA